AUGUAUGUGGAGCCAAGGGAGGCUGCUGAAGCUGAGGGGUCUAUGAGGGCUGAGGACCCCCAGAGGAUGUUGCUGUUCGACGCGGUGAAAAGAUGGUCAGAAGAUCACGGCCGUCUUCCAAGGAAAAAGAAAAGUAUGCCAGAUGCGAAGGAGUCUCGCCUGGCAGACUGGUUGCGGCAAGAUGUUGUGAAGCGCUACAAGAAGGGGGACCUCCCGGAGAAAGAGAUGCAACUUUGCAAUGAGAUCCCUGAACUACGCAGGAAGCUCCUUUACUUUAAGGAUGUGGACCAAGAGACGAUUGAUAAGCUGAUCAAUGCCAUGGAGGUAUUCAAAUUUCCAGAUGGCACGCAGGUGACGCGGCAAGGAAGUGCACGAGGCACGCAUUUCUUCAUCGUCUACAAAGGCUCUCUCGUGAUUCUGAGGAAUGGGGAAGUCAAGUCAGAAAUAUCUCAAGGUGCUGCAUUUGGGGAGAAUGUCAUCCUCAUGUCGGGCGCGCAGGACACCACCGUUCAAGCAAAAGGAGAGGUUGAAGUCUACGGCUUGAGCGGCUUGAGGACGCGUGCCCUCCUGGCCGAACAAUACCAGCGUGAAAGAGGCCAGGCAAGCAGCGCCGUGAAUGAGGCAUUGAGCAGCGAAUCUUGCUGGCUGCUGCGCAAGCUGACGCCGUACCAGAUGCAAUGCUUAUUUGACAAGGUCAAUGUGCAAACAUAUGCGGAUGGCGCCAAGAUCGUUGAAGCGGGCAGCAAGGAACAGUGCGAUUUGCACAUCAUCCUUCAGGGCAAGGUGUCCCUUCAGCAACCUGAAGGCGGACAGGAGGUUGCCGUGGUGGAACGCAUGGGCGUGUUGGGCUACGCCGGAGUGCUACACAAGGAGGAAAGUUUCAAUGGGGUAGCCAUUGGGCCUGUCCAAACCCUUCUCCUUGACUGGCUGCUUCUGCAGCAGAUGUUUGGCUCCCAACUGGAAGAGACCGUGAUGAAGUCCCGGGUUAUGUGCACCAUCAGGAACCAGGAGGAGCUGAAGCAUCUUCGUAUGGAUCAGUUGGAUGGGCUUGCGAGUCUUGUCGAGGUGGUCGACGUCUUUCCAGGGAUGAAGGUUGAAAGGCCCUCCUUCCGGCUUGGCUUCAGCUUAGGCGGCAAGGCGAAGGCCUCUCUCCACACCAAGGAUGGGAAGGGCAUCCGCGAGGCUGUGGUUCUCAAAGACCGAGGCGCAGUUCUCAUACCAGAAGAUGCCGACUGUGAGAUGGAGAAGUCACCGGUGCUGGUCCUCGGCCUUCCUGAGCAAGAGACCAAGCCUGCAAGACUAGCAGUCUGGUCAGGAAGAACGGUUGCCAUCUUUUUGGAGGUGGUGCGCAGGAAGCGAAGGCUCAGCGCCAGCCCAGACAUCUCGCCCAUGAGCUGCAGCAGCGAGAACCGUACGCGGUCGCCCUCUAUGAGACUAGCGGUGCUGUCCGACGACAAGGUGGGCGCUUUGAAGAAGGUGGUGGUUUUCCGCACCUUGGCACCGGACCAGCUGCAGCGACUGGCAGAAGCGCUGGAGGUGGUCGUGAAAAAGCCGGGGGACAUCAUUUUCAACCAAGGUGACCGUGGCCAGGAGUUCUACAUCAUUCACACUGGUCUGCUGGAGGUCAGCAUUGGCGGCCGCAAGGUCCGCACCCUUGGCAUGGGCGACUACGUAGGUGAAAGAGCCCUGCUGUACUCCGAGCCACGAAGUGCUACAGUGAAGGUUGUGGAGGAGAGUGAGCUGUGGAUGAUGGGGCACAACGACUUCAACGAGGCAGUUCAAGGACCCAUCCGCGAUUACAUGAAGGCACGGAUCGCACUGCAGAACACCAAGGUAGACCUUGAUUCCUUGACCUGCCUGCGGGUCAUUGGACGAGGAGGAUUUGGCGUGGUGAAAAUGGUGCAGUCAAAAACCAGCGGCACAAGGUACGCCUUGAAGUGCGUGAGCAAGAAGCAAGCUGUGGAACAAAAGCAGCAAAAAGCACUUGCUCACGAAAGAAAUAUUUUGGCGGAGUUGGACCACCCCUUCAUCAUCAAGUUUGUGCGAUCAUUCAACAGCUCGCGCUACGUCUACUUCCUCACAGAAUUGGUUACUGGCGGAGAGCUGUUGGAUGCGCUAGAUGCCCUAGGCUUGCUUCAGGCGCCACAGGCCCAGUUCUACUCGGCGUCGAUCAUUCUUGCUUUAGAGUUCUUGCACGAGCGCAGAAUAGCUUACUUGGAUCUAAAAGGGGAGAACUGCCUUAUCGACCAGCACGGGUAUCUCAAGAUCAUUGACUUCGGCGUAGCCGAGAGGAUAACAGAUGGUCGCAUAUACGCCGUGAAGGGCACGCCUCUUUUCAUGGCUCCAGAGGUCAUCCUGGGCAAAGGCUACACUACCGCCGCCGACCUUUGGAGUCUUGGCGUGUGUCUCUUUGACUUCAUGGUUGGAUCCUUCCCCUUCGGGGAUGACCAAGCCACCAACGCAGAGAUCUUCAAAGCUGUCCUCAAAGCGCCGCUGAAGUUUCCCAAGUGGCUGGGGGUGCACGAGAAGGAUGCCAAAGAGCUAAUGAAAGCCCUGCUGUGCCGGGACCCUCUGAAGCGGCUUGGAGCCGGGCAGCGAGGCUACGAGGAGCUCAAGGAGCAUCCCUUCUACAACAAUUUCAGAUGGGAAGGCUUGCUGGCGCGGCAGCUGGACCCGCCAUUCACUCCCAAGGGCGAGACUUAUGCGGAAGAUGCCGAAGCCGGCAAGGACGUGGAGCCUGGAAGUCUUACCGUGACGGAGGAAGAUCGCGCAGGUGACGAUGACUGGCUUGACCCCGACCCAUCCUGGGCUGAUGAGUUCUGA